AAAAAAAGUCUAUGUUUUUGUCAUAAUUUGUCAAUUGUCAUUUGUCACUUGUGUUUGGUGAUUUGUGUGGUGAGAUUCUUCGUUCCUUCCAUUUUCCCAAUUUUGGUUUUCAAAAAUGUAAUCCCUUUUUAAUUACUUAUAUUAUAGCUUUGGAAGUUUGAAAUGUGUUACAUCAUUGGGAGAAUAUGGUGCGAUAGUCAUACUGUUAUUAUGAAGCUUGGGAAAUCGCCCAAACAUGUUUGCUGCUUACGCCAGGUUUAUUGUCCGCCACUCGUACCUCGUUCUGUUUACAGUGAGCGUGAUAUCCACUGUCCUCACCAUCAUCCCUCUGAUAUUGCACGACCUGCCAUCAUUUUCAGACCCUAUAUUGGGGUUUGAAACCCGCGGCACCACUUUAGCACAUCGAUUUAUCGCUUGGGAAAACCUUAUAGAUGAGACCCGACCCUCGCGACGACUUGCUGUCAAUCCUAAAGAGAUAGAAGAUCAAAUCCGAAUGAACCAAACAUAUAACAACAGAACACGACAAGGCAAGCUCAGAUCAGGACGAAGGCGGACAAAAAACAAGGUACGCAACAGGAAAAAGAAUCUCAACUACAACAGCACUGGUUAUGAGAAGACCUGGUUUGAUAUGCCGGAAUCCAACAUAUCCAACGGCCAUGUCCAUUGGGGUUUUGGAGUAAAUGUGACUUUUGAGGAUGAUAAUGCUGUCUUUCUCAAGGACCAUACAAGAAAACAGUGGGUGUCUCUUAAAGAAAUGCAGCGGAGGCCCGAUAUGCCUAUCCAUAUAAACUAUGCCUCUGGGACGUGUGGGCCACCCAUAUCAGAAUAUGCUCAUCUUGUUAUAGCUAAUAAUGAUAAUUCAUCUUUGUUAACAUUUGAUAACAUAGAGAAGAUGUGUAGGCUGCAGUCUCAAUUAGUGGAACUCGGUGGUUUGGAAUAUUAUGACAUGUGCCAAAGGUCAAGUCACACUGAGGAGCUAUGCUGCCCAGUGUGGAGUGUGCCAAAUUACAUAGCUUUAAUAUCAAACAAAAACUCAUGUGAAGACUUAAGUAAAGAGGAUGUGAAUAAAACUGUCAGUAUUUUGAAGAGAUGCGCUGGAUAUUUCCAUAACUUCACUUUGAUGGCAUCAUGUGACUUGGAUCGCUGUAAAGUUCCCAAGUAUUGUUCCCAGUAUGAUGCUGUAUAUAAUUUAUUAUUUUAUCUCAUAGAUUCAGAAGCAUUUACACCAGCAGAUUUUUCACAAAGUCUUGUCAAGAAUGUAAUGCUUUUCUUGCCAUUGCCAAGAAGCAGUACAGUAUUACCAUAUUAUAAGAAACUGCAAAGUUCAAAUUUAUCUUAUGAUACACUUGUUAUACCAGCUAUGGAUUUUGGAUUAAAAAAUACUCUUUUUGAUAUUUGGGUGAUAGAAGACACAUGGUUGAUAGGAUUAGGUGGAAUUUUUGUUUUUGUAUGUGUAUGGUUUUACACAAAAUCUCUUGUACUUACUUUGUUACUUUUUACAGCCAUAACAUAUUCAUUAGGUGUGGCAUACUUCUUGUAUGUCUAUGUGUUCAACUUGGAAUUCUUUCCCUUUAUGAAUCUCUUAGUAAUAGUAGUUGUCAUAGGUAUUGGUGCUGAUGAUGCAUUUCUCUAUAUCAAAGUUUGGAAAAUGGUCAGUACUCGAUUGAUAAGAGAUAAUGUUGUCAGUCAAGAUAAUGAUUUGUCAGACAUCAAGAAUGUAUCCAGUGCUGGAGAGACAAUUCUUGUACAGAUUCUUGAAGAGACCAUCAAACAUUCUAUGGUUACAAUGUUCAUUACUACUUUGACAACUGCUGUAGCGUUUUAUGCUUCAUAUGUGAGCUAUAUUCCAGCCAUCAAUUGUUUCAGUGUUUUUGCUGGCACUGCUGUUCUAGUCAACUUUAUUCUAAUGGUAAGUUGGUUACCAGUAUCAGUAUUUAUAAUAGAUGUUAAAUUAUGUACAAGUAAUAAGAACUUGUUUGGUGUUGUGCACAAAACAAUUAGUGAGGUAUGGGAAGAUAUCAGAAUUGUAUUGAAUAGGUUUAUUAUAAUGUGUGUUACUAAACUGCAUGUAGCAAUUGUUGUUAUAUUGGGAGCUAUUGGAAUGGGAAGUAUAUUUAUAGUAUUUCAUUCACCAGGUCUUCAAUUGCCUGACUCUAAACAAUUUCAGAUUUUCCAAACAUCUCAUCCCUUUGAACAAUAUGAUUUGCAGUAUAGAGACAAGUUUCUAUUUGAAAGGCUUGGUAAGGAUAUAGGUACUGGCAGUAAAAUGCCUCUAAGGUGGAUCUGGGGAGUCAAAGCCAUUGAUAAUGGAAAUCACAUGGACCCUUCAUCUAAAGGCCACUUAGUUUUUGAUGAAAAUUUCUCUAUUUCUGACCCAAAGUCACAAGCAUGGCUUUUAGGUUUUUGUGCGCGAAUUAAAGCUCAACCAUUCUAUCAGCAGACACUAGGCCCUCUGUUGCCAAAUUGCUUUAUUGAAAGCUUCAAAAUGUACAUGAGUAGAAGAUGCAUAGACAAUAUUGAUAAAAUUAAUAGAAGUCCAUGUUGUGAAUCAUCUCGUUUUCCUUAUAAAAAGGAAGUCUUUGAAUUUUGCAUCAUUAAAGCUAUUGAAUCUCUCUAUCAAACACCAAGGGAGUUAUUCAUGCCUGGUGUGGCAGGUCCUAAGUUCCUUAGAAGUGCAAAACCACCAUCAGUAGCAGCCAUGGUGGUGGAAUUUGAAAGUGUUGUGCCAUACUCAAUGUCAUACACCUCAAUGAACAAAUUCUUUGUCCAUGUUGAAAAUUGGACACAGCAGGAACUUAAAACUGCUCCACCAGGCAUGAAAUGUGGAUGGUUCCUAUCAGACUUCCAAUUUUACGAUCUUCAAAAAACUUUGGCAAGUGGAACUGUUGUUGCUUUACUAUUGUCAGCUACAUUAGGAUUUAUAGUUUUGAUUCCUGCCACAUUGAGUUUUGUUAUCAGUGUUUGUGCUUUGUUGGCUAUGAUAUUUUCUGCAACUGUUACAAUAGCUAUUCUUGUAUUAAUUGGUUGGAAAUUAAACAUUUUAGAGAGUGUUGCAAUAUCAACUUCAGCUGGUCUAGCUGUAGACUUUAGUCUUCAUUAUGCUCUGAGUUACACAAAUGCGAGUGGUAGUAAAUUCUCAAGGGUUAAACAUGCUUUACAAGCAUCCGCGGGUCCGACAAUAGCAGCGGCAUUGACUACAGGUUUUGCGGGUAUUUUUCUUUUACGAUCAAAUCUCCUCCCUUAUUCACAAAUCGGCACAUUUUUGGCAUUGAUCAUGACAGUCAGUUGGACGUACGCAACGUUUUUCCUUUGUUCCUUAUUAUACUUAGUUGGACGAAGUUCGACGAAAGAGUCUUCGCCAGAGGAAAGAAAAUCUGUAUCCCGCGUAAGUUCGGUCUGUUCAGGGGUACCUAAUCUAGAGAGUCAUGAACUGGAACACUUGGCUGAUAGCAAUCGUACAAAUCUUACACAUUCUCAUAGUCCGUCUAGUGUUAGUGCCACAACUGUUGUAUUACAUGACGAUUUUGAUAACUUUCAAAACAAAAAUGAUAAAAAACUUAGUCUUACAUGUAAUUUAGUUUGUGAAAAUGACUGAAUGUUUAGAUCUAAUUAGUCCAUAAGGAAUUACUUUUUGAAGUAUUUUAUUUAUAAUGUAGCAGUAUUAUUUUGAUCUUUCUAUAUUUACGACAGUUAACUGAAAUCGUUACGCAUUUACUUUAUGUCUUUGUAUGUAUUAUAUUAUAUUUUAUGUAUAUUCAAGGUGUAGGUAUGAUUGUUGUGACAAUAAUUAUCGCAUAAAUAAUUCACAUUCGACAAUAUAAGAUCAUAACGAGCUUAACUUGUUAUUGUCAACGUGUGACUACAAUUUGUUGAUUUGAUUUUUUUCGUGCGUUCGAUUGCUCUAAUGAAUCUCUCACUGUUUAUAGUGAAUCGAUCUGAAACUAAAUGUAUUAUGCACACAUUAUGUAUUGUUGGUCAGUAUUAUUACGUUAGUAAGUAUUUGUAUUCUUUAGGCUGAAUUUGUGUCUGCUUAUUAAUUGUGCUAUCAAUUAGUUUUCUAAAAGUAAUGUCAAUUUUCUAAUACAAUGAAAUUGGUACUUAAUAAAUAUUCAGUAUAGUUAAAUAUUUGCUACCAUAGCAACCCGGUACCUUAUUCGCGAAAAAAUUAAAACGAUUUAUAUACCUAUUAUUGUAAUGAACAAGGUAAAUAUGUAGCAUCAAUUAAAAUUCAUUAUUUUUAUAACAUUGCUACAUUCUGUGUGCAAUUUGGAUAAUGUAUUAAGUCUUUAUUUUCUGAUAACGCGAAGGCAUCUGUAUAUCGUAGAUUAAUAUUUAUAUGUUGGAUGUUACCUAUGUGCUUAUAAUAAGUGUAAAUCAUUUAUCUGUGUAAGCGUGAGGUGUGAGCUAUUCCGAUAUCCUAAUGAUACGUAACAGCGCGACUAGCGAUCGCGAUAUCUGUCCAGUCACGUGAAAAUGUUUAACACGAUAUCGCACGUGCCUCUUUUGCUAAUAACACAACUUAUGUAGUUUUAGAAACAUUCUCGUCCUUCAGCUUUAAACAAUAGACAUCGAUAUGAUUUCGUAAUAAGAAUAGGAAUGUCCUGGAUCGUGAUUCGAGUCAAACACAUUCAUAGUACAAUUUAUUUCUCUAUUGCGGUUUUAGGUUGUAUUAUAAAAUGCUUUCUAGGUCGUGGCAUGAAUUUUGAAACGCCAAUCAGUGCGGAGGCAGUUUAUUUGAACAUCAUGUUUCUCUAUUUUUGUACAUCAAUUAGCGAAAAUUUACAAAGAGCAUUCACGGCCAUUCAAAAUUCAUGCCUAUGACGGAGAUAUCUAGUGACAUAAAAUUGUAUUUUAUAAACUUUCAUUUGAGCUUCAAAUCCACCAGCGGCCAAGGCGGGGAAGCCCAGGCUCUACCAGGAUUUGUUGGACACAGUUUCAGAAGACUGUUUGAUGAAUAUCUUCCUCCGCCCGUCGCCGCUUUGGUCGAUAGUCGAUUAGAGCCUGAGAUGUUCUUUCCAGGAAUUCACUUGUGUCGUAGGCUUUACAUAACUAAUUUAGUUUUAACUUCAGUUAAUGAAUUACCUGUUAAUGUACUUAAAUGUCUUGUUUAAAUUAUACGCAUUUAAUGUAAUAGAUUCGACGAUUUGGACGUAAAAUAGCUUUGUUACAAAAAUCAUGUAAAAAAAAACUAGGAAACUGCUUCUUUAUAUUAUGUAAGUACAUUGAACCUUUGGUUAUCUUUAUCACUUCCACAUUCCCUGUAUAGUGUUUGUAUGUGCUAAGUACAAUCUAAUCACAAAAAUGAAUUAAAAAGAAAACAUAUUUUUGUUACGAUGUUAUUGUGCUAUGGAAAAAGUAUUUUUAAAAUAUACAAAAUGUUUAUUUGGCGUAAAAAACUUGUUUGACUUACGUAGUAAGUAUUGAAAGUGUUUUGUAGGAAACAGUGAAUUUUAUGAUUGUGUCUAAUGUUAUUGUGUAAGAAAGUAAAUGAAAUGUUAACUUUUGUAUGAAUAA